AUGAUCUGCAACAAAUAAUCAAUUUUAGAAUAGAAUUGUGAUUAAUAUAUUUAAAUUAUGAAAACACGGCGUUUCGAUCCAGAUUAUAGAGUUACGACACCAUUGGUUAAGCUGUUUAAGAAGAGUGCGUUAGGCAUUUCAUUGACAGUUGUAACUGGAAUGGUGGUUUGUUUAUAUAGUUUUCCAGAUUUAUUUCAAGUAGAAUCAGAAAGAGUAAAACGUGCAAGGGAGCGUCAGAAUGCAUUGAUUAAAGAAGAUUACCAGUUCCUCCUGGAGGAGACUGAAAAAAUGAUACAACAACAAGAAGAUUCGGCAUUUUCAGACAAAAAGAAUCUAGUCUAGGGAAAUAGCUGCAGAUGUAUACAUUUUCAUAUGUUUGAGAAUGUCAGAACGGAAUGUAAUAUAAACUGUAUCAUUUCAAAUGAGGAAAUUUGUGAUUAUUUUUUUUUCAUUUACAUUUGUGAUGUGAUUUUUUGGUUCUGUUGUUUAUAGUAAAGGGAUGAGGAGAUUAGAAAACAUAAACACAAUACAUAUACAUGUGUGAUGUUGUGGAUACAUGAUUCAUUGUGGAUUUGUCCUUGUUGUUUUUGAUAUCUGAUAUUCAACAGUAUAAUUUUCAAAAAAAAAAAAAAUGAAAACGCGGAAGAAUAAUGAGGAAAAAUCCAAGUCCAAAUUAUCGCUACAGAAGAAAAAGAGUGUUGCCAAAACAGAUUUGAAAAGUAUAUUGUCAGUUUCACACAAUGUAUUAAAUGAGACGUGUGAAUUUCGACAAAGUAGCAGCGUAAAGGAACAAAAGUCAACAGUAUGUCAGGUGGUCGUCAGUGAACCAGAAAAUAAACUGGUAGAUGUAGAUACAGAUAACUGUAAAAAAUGUCCUACCUGUGAAUUAAGCUUCCCCAGAGAAGCUUUUCAGCAUCAUGUCACUGAAUGUCUUAAAGAAAGAUUCCAGAAAAAAGAGACCAGUGAGGAUGUGGUUCCUCAGGAGAAGUUCUCUUGUCAGUUUUGUCUGAAGGAUCUGUCUCACUACAAUUCAGCCAGAAAAACACAGCAUCUAAACAGAUGCAUGGACCAGGUGGAGGAGUUAAAACAGAAGGAAAUGCAGAAAAAAGUAGAACUAGAGCAGGCUCGCAUAGCAGUACUAGACUGUCCCAUGUGUGGAAGGACCCUCAAGUCAGAAAAUGGAAGGAAAGUUCACAUGAAGAAAUGUAGUCAGAACCUUGGUGUCUCUACAGAUCAACUCCUGGACCUGAUCAGGAAACAGGAGGAAGAGAGGCAGAUAAAUAUAGCAGCUGGGGUGGUGCCUCAGUCAGUCAAGACAGGCAUUGGCAAACUGAACAAGCAGGCCAAAAAACAGAAGCUAAAAGAACCCAACAGUAAAUAUGAUGAGGAGCUACAGACUGCCUUAGCCUUGUCCAAUUCUCUGCAUAAUUCCGAAUCCAGUAAGAAAACAGAGAUCCAACCUCUAAAACAGGGGAAGAAGAAAAAGACAGAGUCAGCCCCACCCCCACUGCUGGUGGUGCUGACAGAGGAAGAAAAAUGGAAGCGGUGGUCAGAUAGAGUGGCGACCAUGCUUAUUCCUCAGGAAGUAGAAGAUGAGGAGGAGGAUGUGGAAUAUCUGACUCCAGUUCUAUCUGAGAGUCAGGUUAAAGAUAAAUACUCCAAUGACAAUAAUCAGUUUCCUUCAUUGUGGACAAGAUGUGAGUUAGCAACAGAUAGACUGACUUGCUUGGAAAACAAAGACACGUUUUACGUAGAGAGAUUGAUGCCACCUAUUUCUGUCAGUCGCUUUGUUGUCGGCUCUAACAUAAAGAAGAUGGAGGACAUUCCAGGAAGAAGAAAGUCAUCUUACAGAGCCUUAACAAAGAAACAAGAAGCUAAUUUGGGCACUACUGAUGCCCAUGGUGACACCCUGUUGGCCUCUACACAGACUGCAGUAGUACUAGCUGAACUAGAGGUCAGUGCCAUGGCAACACCUGACCUUGACCUGACCUGUAGUGGUUUUUGUCCAGACUCACCAAUCAGAGUGCAGGAGAGUACAAAGCAGAAAGUCUCAGAGAAUCACCAGAAGAAAAUGGCUUCCUUGGUGAACAAUCAUGUGUUAAGUGAUCUAAAGAUUAAAGCUAGUGAUGGUACAAUACAUGCUCACAGACUGAUCCUAAAUGUUAAGUGUCCCAAUGUAAUCCAGAACUGCAAAGAUGAACUAAUGCUGACAGAUUUUGCCACAGACACAGUGUUAACAGUUAUGAAGUUUCUGUAUGCAGGGAUCAUAUGUCUCCCUAAAGGAAUGGUCCAAGAAGUAAAGGAUUUGGCUGCAAGAUUAGAGAUUACUGAUUUGGUAGAGAUUUGCUCCUCAGUUAUUGAUAAAAAGAAAGAGGAAGACAGAAUUGAGGAUAAAACAGGGGAAGAAGAAGAACAGAAGGAGAGAAACUUUACAGACCUGACAGAGGAUGAUAGAGAGGGGGAUCCAGGAGAAACUGAGGGGUGUAGUAGUGAUAACAAUGACUGGGAGAAGCUGUCAGAUCGGGACUAUAAUGACAUCAGACUCACACAGAGGAAGAAGUACAGCCACUCUGAUGAAGGGGGAAGAGAGGAGGAUUCAGGAGGAUCAGUGGUGGAUCCAGAGGAGCGGAAGAGUGAUGUCAGUGAGGAAGAAAUAGCCUUGUUCUUCCAUGACGACAGUUUUGAUGGGACUUAUGUCAAACCUUCUGAGGAUAAUGAUGGUCUGGAAGAGAAAUCUGAAAUAAAGGACAUGGAGGCUUUUCCUGAUGAUGGAGUCAGCAAUGAAGAUCAUUCUGUUAGAAAAGAAAAUCUGAUGGGAGGAAGGGAAGAAAAGAGGAAAAAGGAUAAAGAAGAUACUGAAGAGGAGAUUGAGGAAGAUAUGGAGAUUGAUCAGGUGCAGGAGGAAGGCAAUGAAGAAUCAGCAGAGGAAAACAAUGAAGAACAUAUAGUACAGGAGAAACAUGCUGAUAGUAUUCUAUAUCAAGAUGAGGAUGUGAUUAUAUACAGUGAGACAGAAGACACUCCUCCUUGUUUAGGAUCAGACAAGUUCAGACAAUCUGCCGAACAACAGGUUCUAGACAAAAGUGGACGUGCCAGCAGUCCCUUGGUAGUGGACAGUGAUUCUAGUCAUGACGGAUCACCAGAGAGGGAUGUUUCUGCAGAGGGGAAUGAUGGAGAGGUAGGAUCACCUAACCCUCAGGCUCUGGACUCAUCUGGUCUGGAUUUGUUUGAGUCUCCAGUAUUGUCCAGACUGGAUCCAGAAGCUGAUCCAGACAUGCAGGCAUCCACAAUACGAGAUCCAGCAGCCAGUGAGGAGAACCGUGGUUGUGGCACACCAGGUCGUAAACACAGAAAAACCAAAACAUCUGUAGAAGGAUCACAUCAAAGUGAAUCAAAGAGAUGUAUUAGAUACAGUGAUCAGGAAAAUAAUACAUGUGAAUUCUCUUGUCCCCAGCAGGAUGAUGAUCCUAGAAGUGAAUCUGUAGACGAUAAUACUAAAUGUAAUAGUAGAAGGAAUAAAGUUACUACUCCUAAAACCUCUGUAACUUCCACAAACUCAGGAAAUGAUGAUGAUGAAGUAUCUGUGAUAGAAGACAAAUGUCAGGUGCUUUCUGCUGUUGGCUCACCAGUGUUUGGUCAGCAACAAAGUAAUGAAAGAAAAACCUUCAAAUUUACCAAGACUAAACCUUCCAAAGUCAAUUUAAGGCAAGUUCUAUCUCCAGAGAAGAGUGAAGAGCCAGUUGUAAUAUGUCAUGUGGAUCAGUCUCCACCUGAGGCUGCUUCAUCUAGUCAGCAUUACCAGGAAGAAGAGGAACAAGUGCCUGAAGUUGUGGAAAAUGAUUUAGAAUUAGUUGAACCAGACCAGGAUGUAUGGGAGGACUUUAAUGACAGUGGGAUGGGUGGAUGUAUUGUUACCUGUGAUGUCCCCAUCCCUUCACAGUCAUCCAAUAGAAAUGAAGAAAAGUAUGACACACCAAUAAAACCAACCAAUCCUGUAGCUGAAUUAGACACUCCCACAAAUUCAAAACCAGGUUUAAAACACAACUCCCUGCCCCCGAGACCUGAGGACCAGUUGAUGGAGGAGAACAUUGAGGAUGACAGCUUUGACGUGGAAAUGGUGGAGGAACAAGAGACAGACAAUCUGAAUUCUUUCAAGACUCCAAAUGAGUGCAGACGACCCAAAAGAUCCAAGAAAGACUGGGUUCCUCCUUCACCCUUUACCCCCAUGCCAAGCUACGACAGUAUGGCCACUCCACAACUCAAGAGAGAAGUUCAGAAGAUAGGGGUAAAACCAGUUGGCAAGAAGAGAAUGGUUCUUCUGUUAAAGGACAUCUACCAUCAAACCCAUCAAUAUGAGACAGACAGCGAGUUUGAGUUAUCUGUGGACGAGACAACAGUAGAACAGAGUAAGCAGGGGGGACCGAUCUCAGUCUCUGAUGAGGAGGAGGAAGAAAUCAGCAGCAGCCAGGAAUCGGACAGAAGCGUUGUACUGGAGGAGAGUAUGAUAGAAGAAGAGGAGAUAACUCCAUCCCAGGCUGGAUCGUCGUCAUCAGAUUUGACUCAAAGAAUUUCCCAGUUUAUUCUGGAUACACCAGAUCUGUACACGAGAGUACUGAUGUACGAGCCAUUGGAGAUUGAUGUAUUGAAAAGGGAGAUAACUGAAGCUGGAAUCAAAUGCUCCAUGGAAAAACUACUGAAUUACCUGGAUGAAAAGUGUAUAACAUUUACAAUGAAGAACAGAAGAAAAAACAGCCCCAAGAAAGGAAGGGGGAGAGGGAGAAAAAAGAAAACUACAGAGCCUGAGUAUAUAACCCUUUCUCUGAUAUCUAUGUAUGGGUACGCUGGUACUAAGAAACGAACUCGGGAGCUUGGAAACGGGGCUGAAAGACCUGAAAAGGUCACGGUCCAUAAUUGUAUAUUGUAAUACAUGUAUAUGAAUCUUUCUAGGGUCCAAGCUGAACAAGACACAAAGUUUUACCAGAUUCUGCUGAAGAUGAUGAAUGAGGUCAAAUUACUAAGGACAGGGCAACAGAAGGACUCGCUAAUGAAGGUCUUUACAUGGUUCAAGGCCAACAAACACACACUUCACACUGGGCCGCAUUUUGGGAAGUCCUACCAGUUGAAAGAAGCUUCAGAGGUUGUCAAGAAAGCCAAGGGGUCGACACAGCAAUCUUCAUCCAGGAAGAGCAAGGUCGUCACUACGGAGAUGGCAAAGGAAGAGGAGGAUCCGAAGCCCAUCACUCGCCUGGAGUCUGCGGAGGGAAUGAGGAAAUUCUUUCAGAGUGUGACACCUUCUACCCAGCCUAAUGACCCAGAAACACCCAAAAAUUUCUUCAACUUUGACCUUCCAUCUAAUAAGGAUUAUGUCAAUGAAUACCUGACCAGUCGGUUUUUCCAGGCAGGGGAGAUUUCUGGGAUAGGUCGGCCCUCCACCCUGGAGACUCCCUCACACCGGGCCUACAUGAACGACCAGGUGCCCUCUGACAGAACGACGGCCAUGGAGAGGUUUAUCAACAGUCCUAGUCUGUACGAUGGCCCAGACCUCGAGCUCCAGCAGCUGGCUAGUUCCCUUGGUGACCUUGAUGAUGUUCCCCCAGAGUUACCUCCCCAUAAUCAGGAGGAGGAGGACCACGAUUCAUUAGACAGUCAGCGAUACAUCGAGAGCGUCACUGUCGACAGCCAAUACCAGGACGAAGAAGACGUGUUUGAAGUGGACGAUUCCGGGCCCGCAGAUAUUGACAUGGAACUGCCAGAGAUGCGUAGGAAGUUGUCACGAGAGCAGACCAUGUCGGCCAGUUUUAGGGCAGCUGUGUCUGCUCCUACACACGAGGAUCAGUUUUCCAAUUUAUCGACAUACAUCCCCAAGAAGAUGGUUCACCCUAUUGCGAGUCUAGUGAAUCCUCAUGCUCAGCUGGCAGCAAUGGAGGCCAGGCGUGCAGAAGAGGAAUACCAUGCCUCGAGAGAAAACACUGGUCUAUCCCAGCGAAUACUCAGCAGGUCUGCCUCAGCUGUUCCCAAGUCUUCGUCCACACCUCAUACCUCUACAACCUACAGACCAAUGACAGCGGUCCCCUCCCGCCCCGACAGUAUGAACCAAUGGAAUACCUACACCAAGGACCGGUCAUACGGACAGGAAAUACUAAGAGACUUGAGUUUCGUUGGUCGCAGUGGUACGGCCAUGGAUGUACGUUACACUGCCCACGACUUCGGAGAAAUGCCGGAGGAGAUGACAAAACAUGUCGUUGCAUUCUUUUCUCAGAAUUCAAAGUCGGUACCAAUGGCCAAGGUUUUGACCCCGCGACCUGUGGAAGUCCAGGAGCUGUAUACACAGAAUUCACUGGAGGAGUUUUAUGUUAUGGCUGACAACCUUUAUCCCAGACUACCAAAAUAUCGCAGACCCGUGUACUCAAAGCCGAAAUCGGCCGCAUCCACUCGCAUGUCAGAAACCCCAGACAAAACGCCAAGGACCACAGAAAAACCCAAAUUCCAGCCCCUCGGGAAACAGCUCAUAGAUGCUGCUGAAGCUGAGCUCCGUGAAAAGGAAAACAAACCUCCCCCUGAACCGACGUCAUCAGUCAAGCUGGACACAGUGGUACAGUUAGUGGACGACGUGUCGGAAAACAUGACCUACUUCAAAGAAAGGCUUGCUCCAGCACCUAGUCCGGGAUUCAGACAACCCGCCAGUAACACGGUAUCCAGACGACCGCUGUCACGCCCAGCAACAGCUACAGGUCAUAGGUCACCUAGCCCAAUACAAAGAUCUAAUUCACCAGAAAUAGCAACUGACAGACCAAGACCACAUACAUCUUUCUCUCCCCAUGGUGUUGAAUUUCUUGAGCCCCACCCCCCAAAAUCUGCAAGGUCAGGCACACCCAGUAGGACUGCCGAGGCCAUAGACUGGAGAGGGAAGAUUAUUCCAGACACAGAACGGGCUAAGUGGCAGAAGUCAAAGUUUGGAGACCAUACGUAUGUCAAGAAAAUGAAGGGGAAGCGUCCAGUUGGUGCCACACAUGCUGGUAAAAGGCCAAAAACAGCUCCUGUGUCUGUUCAUGAACGCUGGAAAAUAGAGAAGGACAGCGACUCUAACACACGAGUGGAGUCUCAGGCAGCGACUAACACCAUGACCGAGGUGGACCCUAAAGCCAUGGACUCACUGAUGAGAGUACAACCCAUCGAGAACUGGAAUACAGGGAUGGGGUCUAUGAGUUCUAUAUUACUGGAUGAGGAUUUUCUGCGUUCUCUGAGUGGUAGCAGGCAUACUGGUCACCCCACCACGGACACCACUACCCCUGUACCCAUGGAGUAUGUCCCUAUUGUGUCCUCAGCACCGCGCUCCCUGGCAGGUAGUCGAGCCCAAAGUCGCCAGACACGAUCCCGAUCAGAAACCAGGGCCGAGAGUCGAGUUGACGAAAUAUUAGAGGACCAGCCAAUAUGUGAGGAUCAAGAACCAGUCAAAGGAGAACUAGUUUCUGAGGACCACCGUCUCCACGGAAACCAACCAGAACCAGACCAAGAUCAGCAACCAACUGUUCAUUUUCAAACACCAGAUUUACAGGAGGAGGAUCUCGAGGGAAAGCAAGACUUGGGGGAUGUUCCUGGAGUGGGAACGGUCAGUAUUGACGAUCAGGGGCGAAUAAUCGGUAUUAUCAAGGAGGAUGACAAUGUUUCCGUGACAACCACCACAACACUCGAGGAAGACCAGAUAGCACCACGACAGCCAAUUCGGUUCCACACGGAGGAUUUACAUAAUGGACAGGUCCACAUAGAGGUCACGUCAGUGCCGUCUGCCGGCCGGGCACCCACACCACAGGAGUUCAGACAGCGCCCCCUACAGGUCCUCAGCCGAUCGGAAACCUGGAAUUUUACCCCUGACGUAGAGCUACAGGAGGUGGAUUCUGAGAAGUACAUUCCCGACCAUAAGGCGCCAAAAACAACAGGCCUCUUCCAGAAGGGGGAGGUUUGGUAUAAGACAAUUGUGAAACCAGAGAACUAUUGCUUUGAGUGUCUCCCCAACAGUAUGUCCACUAAGGUGGGCAGGACUGCGGGCAGGAUGCCCGGGCGUCCACAAAGUGUGUCUGCCCAGGUGCUACGAAUGGCCCGUAAACAGAACGAUUAUUUUAGGAGAGCCCCUCCUGUCAGAACCCCUCCCUCUAUCCCUAGUCCCUACCAUCAGCCCGGGGUGUCACCGAGACACGGAGAAACCUACAACUCAGGACUUGAACACCACGCGAGGAGAGUCAAAAGUCCACGACACUUCAUGGAGCAUGUGGUGGAUCUAAGGAAGGACACUGUGUCCGCUCCCCCUGGAUCCCAUUUCAACAGAGAAGACAGUCUAAUGGAUUCCCUCCAGGUGUGUCGACUGUCCACCAGAGGGAGCCUUAUAGAGGGAUUAGAGGAGAAGGCAAGUGAAGAACAAGAUGGAAAUGAGACUAAGAAGGUGGCUUUUCUAGAUGAACAUGAGCCAUCCAUGGAGGAGAAGAAGAGUCUAAUCUCUACCACCUCCAAGUAUUCCAGCUCCUCACUGCAAUCCAUAGCUCACAUCGGUCGACCCAUUGCUCAGGUGUCACGGAUACCAGACCCGGAUGAAGAGGCCGCUGCAGCCCGGACACAGUUUGAGGCCAAGGCAGCAGUUGAUAUCCAGAGAAUUUUCCGGGGUUAUGUUGCAAGAAAUGUUUACAAAAAACUAAUGAGAGAAGAAAGAGAGAGACUUGAAGAUGAACAAAAGGCAGCAGUAGAAAUUCAGAGGCGAUAUAGAGGUCACAUGAUCAGGAAAUCUCAGAUCUACAAACAAACAGGACUGAAGAAGGAGCACUUAGAGUGGGCAGCAAACUUUAAACGAAUUCAGAACGAGAACAGCGAUAGGAGGCAGAGAAAGAUGGAGGCGCUGGUCGAAAAUAACACGCUCAAUUAUCAGAGAAGUGCCUCCAAAAUCUCCUCCAUUGGACCCCAUGUCGACAUUUAUCAAAUUUAUCAUCCGAAGCAGACUGGUCCUACAAAACGCGACAUGUUUAAUGCCGCCACUCAUAUUCAGAGAUAUAUAAGAGGAUUCCUGGUCAGGAAGAGGUUUGAAAGACUCCGCAGGAAGUGUGUGUGGCUUGGGUCAGCUUAUCCUAAGAUGGUGAAGGAAUACAAAAGCAUGCUCAGGAAAUGUCAGCUUAGGCACGGAGUGGACCGACCAAAGACACCCUUCAGUCUCAGUGAAUUGAACGAGUACCUCGACAUGAGAAGACGGUAUGAGAGUGUGUUUGAUAAAAAAGCCUUUGGUUCAGAGUUGGAGAUUGGAGACUUGGAGUCUUUCUUCAAGGAGUGUGACAUGUACCCCUCAGCCUCUGAGAUUGAUGAAGCCAUUGAUGUCGUGUUCAAUGGUCAGCAGAUUAAGCGUGGCCUGUUGAAGCCUGAAGUGAUGGAGCUGGUGUUCUAUAUUUAUACACCGUCGGCUACAGGGCUACCCAAUGUACGACAGUCGACAUGGCUCAAUCCCAUCAUUGACGGAGUGGAGGCCAGGAAACUCAUAGCCAACGCAUCUAACAAGAAAGGAAAAAAGCGAAGUGAAUAUGUGGAGAAGGCACCUCUAGAAGUUUGCGCCAAACUGGUGAUAGAAUCUCGUCGUGAGAGACGGGAGCAAGAACGGAAAGAAAAGGAACAGAAACUGACGGAGGACCUCGCUCAGAUGAAGGCGAUCCGCGAAGAAGAAGCGACGACAGAGAAGGAGAAGAAGAAGGUCGUCGUCGUGACGCCGGAGGAGGCCAAACAAGCCGCGUCCAUAAAGCGAGGAUCACCGACCUAGCCGCGUCAUUUCAGCAGUGAUGAUUUCUGAUAUGUAAACUAGAGACACAUUGCUCAAAGUCAUGGACAAAGAAUAUCUAUGUUCUUAAGUUAUUAUUUAAUGCUUUGCUACAAUCGUUGAUGAAUGAAAUCCAGUGUUUUCUUUAUCUAGUCGAAAAAGAAAAAAGAUGUCCUCUAUAUGACUUGUGUAUUAUAUGUAAUACACAGACUUCUGUGCUAAUUUAUAAAUUAUUAUGUAAAUGUGUACAAAUUAGAAAAAAAAAAUGCUAUGGUAGUUAUCUGUACAUAGCUAUUGUUGAUGCCAGUAAAAUGUUUAUGAAGGCAUUAGCGCAUGGGGCAUAUGUAAAUAAAUGUGCCAACAAAAAAAUUGGAAUGGCAACACCUUUAUGUUUCUUGUAAAGUAAACCCUGUUUAUAAUGGACACACAUAUAGUGACUAUCUGCCUAAAAUGAAGCAUAUUAUCCAUUCCAGCAGUUUGUCACACAUAUCCCUGAUUUUCUGUAUUGUUUUAUGUUUUUAUUGUUUAAGUGAGAGAAAUACAGCAUUCCGACUAUUUUGUGCAUUUACUGUGAUACAUGGAAAUCAGUAUUAUUGUUUUAUAUUUUAUAUGUACUGUAUAAAAAUGGUGUUUCCUGCCAAUUUAUAUCAAAUAAUUAACACUUUUUUCAUGUGUGUUAUAUAUAUUUUUACAUCUACUGGAUAUAUCCUCAUAUCAUGGAUAAAACCAGAACACUUCCGAGAUAAAACAUGAGGGAAAUCUUAUGGCUGCUGGUGAAUAUAGUUUGACAACUAUUUUACCAUAGGGAAAAAAGCACAAAAACUUCUUAAUAGUAGAGACUUUUUGAAAAUAGCUGGUUUAUUCACCAUUUUGUAUCACAGAAGAAAAAACAGGUAAAAUAAACAUUAUUAUUCUCUUUGUUAUUGAAAUAAAAAUAUUGCUGUCAGGUUAUUUAGUAAAUUUGAUGGCAUAACAUAUCAUGACCUUGAAUAUACAUCUGUUUAUUACUGUAUUUAUUGAAUGAUACAUUUGUUUCAUUUUGUACAUUUACAUAUAUAUUUAUAAGGACAUCUGCUUGUAUGUUUAUAUUUAAGACUUUACAUGGCAAUUUAAGUUUUGUUUUGUUUUAUGGAGGAAGUCAUAUGCAUAUAUUUUGAUGUUCUGAGAAUGAUUUUCGGAUUUUUUAGACUUGAUCUAUUUAUGUGCACACAGAUGACUUAGAAUAUUUACAUUAGACAUUUACAUCAAUAUGUUUUUAGAUGAUUUGUUUGU